AUGCUAUCACAACAACAACAACAAGGUUCAUCCACCACCACCACAGUGAAUAUCAAGGCAAAAUACAAAGACAGUAUUCGGAGAUUGCCAAUCCAUUCCUCGCUGACACUCGAUCAGUUGCUUCAAGUGUUGAGUACAAGCUUCCAUGCCACCAUUACUCGUGAAAAUUCCGUGAUCAAGUACAAGGACGAUGAAUGUGAUUUGAUUACCACAACCAACGAAGAGGAAUGGAAAGAAGCUGUGCGUAACUUUUCUUCUCCCGUUUUGUAUCUUGAAAUUGUUGAAAAGAAGGUUGUAACGAAAGCCUCCUCAACACCACCGGUGGCCACAACAACACAGCAACCAUCAAAACCUUCUUCCGUACAGCCACAACAAACUCCACAAUUUUCAAUGAAUUUGCCCAAUCAGAGUGGUGGCAGCAAUAUAGCUUUGAUGCAACAGAAGCAGCAACCACAACAACCUGUCGUUACAACCGGGUCAAGUUCACCACCACCACAGCAACAACAAGAACAAAAACCACAAACACCCACUCAGCAACAACAACAGAAACCAGAAACGAACGUUCCUCCUCAACAAGUGAUUCAAGUGCAGCCUCAGCAGCAACCAUCUACAAUUAUCCCACCACAACAACAACCUUCUCAACAAGUGCCCCCACCACAACCACAACAACCUUCUCAAAAUGUAGAACACUCAUGGAGUUUUGCUGCAGUGAACACUUCUGUGGAUGCUACUAAUUGGUCAAGCAAAUUCGUGAGAGAUGUGAACCUUACUGAUGGUUCUAGCGUGAUCGUGAAUCAACCAGUCACUAAGGCCUGGGCCCUUAAAAACACUGGAACUACUCAAUGGCCAGACAAUAUUUGUUUGUUUUGUAAGGACGAGAAUCCAACUUAUGAAAUUCUUGGUUCUCAAGUUCCAAGAGCAUUACCUGGUCAAGAUGUUGAAGCGUCUGUUACUUUUAUUCCAAAGAAAAUUGGCAACAUCAAGGGUUAUUUCCGAUUGGCAGCAGGAAAGUCACAAUUUGGCCAUUUGUGUUGGUUUGAAUUGAAUGUUAUGCCUCAGGUUUCUCAACAGCAGCAACCACAAAUGCAACCACCAAUUCAACCAGUAGUCCCAACAAUACCUCAACAAGUGCCACCACCACAAUCACAACAGAAACAACAAUUACCUCCACGAAAUGAUCUUUCCAUUGAAGGCAUUCAUGAUGUAAGCGACGAUGAAGAAGAUUUGGAAGAAUUUGAGCAAAGCAGAAUGCAAGCUCUCUACGAAAAGUAUAGCCUUCAACUCUAUAAUUUGGAACAAUGCGGAAUUCUCGAAGGUAGGAAUAAGGACGAAUUGGUCGAAAUUUUGGAAGCAAACAAUGGAGAUUGGAUGAAGGCAAUGCAAGAAUGCAUCACGAGAAGUUCUCAAAUCUUCUAA